CCUGAACACAGCGUCCCCUCCGGUGAAUCUGCGCGUCGCUUUCCUCCUCUCGUAGCUCCAUCUCUUCUUCUAACCCUCAAAACUCGUCAUUUUUACAAGUACCGUGCUGCUCGAGUAUCUGCAGCGAUCAAUUUUCGUGAGCAUGGACGAUCGCAGGCAAAGGCCCGAGCUCACCCUCCCUGCCUAACCCACCUCUCGAACAUGGCCAACGACUCCGCCCCAAUCCAGGGCAUCGCCGGCCACUACACCGGCGACAGCCUCGCGCUGCAGGCGACGCUCGCGACCCUGUUGGGCUGCGCCCUGUAUAGCGCCAUCGAGCUCAUCCUGCUCAUCUUCCUCACCUUCCGGCAAUACUCGGGGCUGUACUUCUGGAGUUUAUUGGUUACAACAGGGCUGGGCAUCAUCCCACAGGCGCUCGGCCUGCUGCUCAAAUACUUCAACCUCGCCCCGAUCUUCCUGUCCGUCACGCUGACGACCUUCGGCUGGGCCAUCAUGGUGACGGGCCAGUCGGUGGUGUUGUACUCGCGACUGCACCUGGUGGUGCGCAACCCGCUCGUUCUGCGCGGCGUGCUCGCAAUGAUCGUCGUGGACGCGUUCAUCCUACAGACCCCGCAUUUCGUGUUUUCUUACGGCGUGGUCUCCAACGACGGCGACCGGUACCUGGGUCUGUACAGCAUCUGGGAGAAGCUGCAAAUCACGGGCUUUUUCGUGCAGGAGGUCAUCAUCUCCACCAUCUUCCUUGUGCAGACCGUGCGUCUGCUGGCGCUGUAUCCGAACCGCAGCAAGCGCCGCACCCACAUUAUGUACCAGCUGCUCAUCAUUAACGCCGCCAUCAUCUUAAUGGAUAUCUCCUUGCUGGUGCUCGAGUAUCUGAACAUCUACAUCAUUCAGGUUUCGCUGAAGACGUUCUUUUAUACCAUCAAGUUGAAGUUCGAGUUUGCUGUGCUGUCGCGGUUGGUCUCAUUCGUAAAUUACGAUCCCGAGCAGGACUCGUCGGUUACGUUUAUGAGUUGAUGAGAUCAUUCCGGUCCGGCUCUAUAAGCACCGUGGAGCUCGGGUACUGCACUUUUGUAUCACCGAUUGUUGAGUGUUUCGACACGCAAGCAGCGGGAAGUGUCAACACGAGACAUUCAUCAAUCUUGCCGGUAACAGCCGCGGUUAUCGUUCUGACGCACGCGAGUGAUGCCAUCAACGGCCCUUUCGGGCCGAACAAGCAUACCGCCAUUCAUGACGAAUCCAGCGGCGUCGCAUGGCGCUACACCUCCCACUCGACCUCGCACAUGCAGACGGAUGCCCUAUCUCGCCAAGCAUUCUGAGUGAGGGUUGAGGGAUCAGUUGCGUUCAUAGCCUCUCGCUGCGACCGCAAAAUCGCCUGCACGACCAGUCCGGGUUUUCGGUCCCAAGGCUAAAG